AUGUCCAGCUCUGCCUUCGAAAAUAUGGAGAAAUACUUCGUCCCACGGCUCAAAAUGCCCCUUCAUAUCAUUGAGGUUAUCAUGAUAAUAGUGGCUAUUAUUCUGGCAGGUGUUCGUCUCACAACUAUUACUACAAGGACAAGGACAGAUAUGAUGGCUAUAGCGAUGGGUGCCAAGUCGCUUGUCGUUAUUGCGUAUCAGCUCUUGUCAGAGCAUGUGGCACAGUGGAAGAGAUUUGCAAGUCUGAAAGCCAACCUGAUCCUCAACGCACUCGAGAUUGUUUUCUGGGCUGCGGUAGCAUUCAUGGCCAUCCAGUCCAACACUAGGUCGUGCAAGGGUGCCAGCUGCGGUCUUGGUUGGGGAGUCCUUGUUAUCACCAUUUUGAUCAGGAUAGGAGCAGCGGCUCAUCCGACGCCCAUCUCCGCAGUGUCCAAGGAUCGGCUCCUCGAAGACAUUCUUCUUCUCGAAGACACUCUUCUCACAGACACGCUUCUCGGAGACACUCUUCUCAAAGACACAUGGGCCCAUAGAAUGUAUUAG